CUUCCCCGAUCACCACUUCAACUGACUCAAACGACGGCUUCGUAGCACAGAAAGAGAAAAAAAGGGGUUCCAAUUCUCAGACCAACCAUAAGCUCAUCUUCUCUCUCUCUAGCUCUACCUCCUUCUGAACCAGUAAACGGUGUCGUUUCUGAUAAUGGGCAGGCAGAAAGGAGAAGGAGCUAGGAGUAAGGCUCACCCUUCAAGCAGCAGUUUGGCGGCCGCGCUUUUGCCGUCGGGUUCUGCUGCGACGGUGGGAUUCGGCGGAUACGUCGGCAGCUCUCGUCUCGACUCUUCCCUCUCCGGCGACGAUACGGCGCCGUUUUUGGAGAUAGAUAGUGAAUUGGCUGUGCAUUUAAAGAGGCUUGCGAGGAAGGAUCCCACCACCAAGCUCAAGGCACUGGCCUCUCUGUCUGCGCGGCUCAAGGAAAAGUCUGGAAAGGACAUAUUAUCCAUAAUUCCACAAUGGGCAUUUGAAUACAAAAGGCUGUUGAUGGACUAUAAUAGGGAGGUGCGGCGAGCAACUCAUGAUACAAUGACCAAUCUUGUUACCGCUGCCGGGAGAGAUAUAGCUCCACAUCUGAAGUCUUUAAUGGGACCGUGGUGGUUUUCACAAUUUGAUUCAAUUUCAGAAGUUUCUCAAGCUGCAAAGCUAUCAUUUCAGGCAGCUUUCACAGCUCAAGAAAAGCGACUAGAUGCUUUAAUUCUAUGCACAACAGAAAUUCUUAUGUAUUUGGAAGAAAAUUUGAAGCUCACACCAAAAGAUAUGACUGAUAAAGCAGCUGCUUUGGAUGAAUUACAAGAGAUGCAUAAUCAGGUAAUAUCUUCAUCAUUGCUGGCGUUAGCCACUCUCCUUGAUGUCUUGAUUGGUAUUCAAUUAGAAAGAUCAGCCCCUGAGACUGUAACUGCUCAAUCAAAGCAUGCUUCGAAGGCGAAGGUGGCUGCUAUCUCUUCUGCUGAAAAGUUGUUUAUGGCUCACAAAUUUUUUUCAGAUUUCCUAAAAUCUCAAAGUGCUGCCAUUCGCUCAGCUACAUAUUCAGUAUUAAGGAGUUUCAUAAAGAAUGUUCCUCAUGUUUUUAAUGAAGGAAAUAUGAAAACUAUGGCUGGAAUAAUACUAGGUGCAUUUCAGGAGAAGGAUCCUGCUUGUCAUUCAUCAAUGUGGGACAUGAUUUUGCUAUUUUCUAAAAGAUUUCCCGACAGUUGGACUUCCUUGAAUGUCCAGAAAGCUAUACUAAACCGCGUUUGGCAUUUUCUUAGAAAUGGGUGCUUUGGAUCCCAUCGGGUUUCUUAUCCAGCUUUGGUUUUAUUCUUGGACUGUGUGCCACCAAAAGCAAUAGUGGGGGAGAGGUUUUUCCCUGAAUUUUUCCAGAACCUUUGGGCUGGAAGGAGUGUGUCUAAUUCCUCAACUGCAGAUAGACAAGCAUUUUUUGGUGCAUUUAAAGAGUGCUUUAUUUGGGGAUUGCAUAAUGCAUCAAGAUAUUAUGACGAAGUGGAUUCGAUAUAUCAUUUUCGAGUCACACUCAUUGACAACAUUCUGGUGAAGAUUUUGUGGCACGACUAUUUCUCUUUUAUUAGCUCAAAUAAACAGGAGAGUGUCCCCUCUGAAUUAUCUGCACGUUCUUCGGGGGACAGAGAAUUGCCUUUGAGCAAGAAGACAGAAGAAGCAUCAAGAAUUAAGUAUCCAAUAAGCUAUCUACAAGACCUGAGGAGCUGCAUAAUUGAUGUUCUUUCGGGCAUCUUUUUCCUUGAACACAGUUUGCUCUCUGCCUUUUGUACGGAAUUUCAUGAAAGUUGCCUGGGUUUAUUUCAGCAUGCCCCGAACACAGUAACAGCAGCUGAAAGUGUAGAACGGGUCACUCAAUUUAUCUGGUUACUAGGGCAGCAUGCUAUGCAGAAAGGUGAAAGUUGGCCUUUGGUUGAUCUAGUGGGACCAAUGUUGGCCAAGUAUUUCCCAGUAAUAAGAUCACUUGACUCACCGGAAAAUGUAAAACUUCUAUCUACUGCUGUUUCCGUAUUUGGACCUCGCGAGAUUGUUGGAGAACUUUUUGUUCAUAAUGAAGAGCAUUCCCAUACUCCUGAUGAUAAAGUAGAUGGAGAGUUGGUAGUAGAUGAAUUCAUGCAAAUAUUCAAAACAAAUUUUGUUCCCUGGUGUUUGCGCAGUUGUGAUCAGUCUACAACUGCCCGCCUUGAUCUCUUGCUCACAUUGCUUGACAAUGAAUGUUUCUCUGACCAGUGGCAUGCUGUUAUUACUUAUGCUAUUAACCUAGAAGGUUCUGGGACUGCGCCUCAGUCCCUAGAACCAGACCAAAUAACCAUGUUGGCAUUACUUUUAGAGAAAGCAAGAAAUGAACUUACAAAAAGGAAGGCAGGUGAAGAUUCAACGCACCGGCCAGGUGCAGACCCAGCGCAAUGGCACUGUGAUCUUCUAGAAUCAACUGCACUUGCUCUAGUGCGUUCCCCUCUUUCCGCUGGGAAUUCAAAUUCUCAGUUUCUGUGUGCUGUUCUUGGUGGUUCGACAAAAGGUGAUGAAACAUCCUUUGUGUCCAGGAAUGCAUCAAUUCUGAUUUUUGAGGAAAUUUUGAAGAAAUUACUUUUGUUUAUUCUGGAAUCCUCAUCUAAUUGGGUUAGACAUGCAUGUUCUAUGUUAACUGCUGGGGCAGUCAACUCUCUCUUAGAAUCAAAGAGUUCUGUUGACAUGGCUGAGGAGGCUGAAUUUGCCCUGCAAGUACUUGAUGGUAGCGUUUUUUGCUUGAAAGCACUCUGUGAAGAAAGUGACUUAGUUCCAAGUAUUUUGGCCGCUGUUUUGGUCCUUGAUUGGGAGUAUAGGAUGGGACGGUCUAGUGACGAUCCUUUUGAUGAUGAAACAACAAGAGCAUCUAAGGCCAGACUAGAUUUUGGUGAAUCUGUUCAUGUCUUUUGCUGCAAGCGAAGUAAUCAAUUCCAGAAAUGCCUAAACAUACAGAAUCUGAAGAGGUUACAAAGUAUCUUGGUUCAAUGCAUUAGAUCUGCUCUCUUCACUGAAGACAAACUUAAUACGGAGAAUAUUACUUCCUCAUGCUGCAUGUGGGUGCUUGAAGUUUUGGAUUAUUUCUGUCAAGAUCAAUCUGAAGAGCAAGAUCUGUUAAGCCAACUUCUUUACAAGAGUGACAUGUGGCCUUUGUGGAUUGUUCCAGAUUUUAGCAUUGCAGAGCGAUUAGGUCUCAAAAACGCACCUGUUACUGGUCAUGAUUCUGGCCAUUGCAAGUUUGUUUCCUUCCUUGACAAGCUUAUAUUAAAACUAGGGAUUGAUAGGGUUUUUACUAGUCAUGUUAAGCAUACAUCUCUCUCAGAAGAAACAACAGAUGAAGAGGUAACUACACGAGCCUGGCUUGCUGCUGAAAUAUUGUGCACCUGGAAGUGGCCAGGAGGCAAUGCUGUAGCUUCUUUCUUACCUUUAUUGAGUGCAUAUGCCAAGAGUAGCAGUUGUCCUUCCAAGGAGAGUUUGUUGGAUUCCAUCUUCAACAUUUUGCUUGAUGGUGCUCUUGUGCAUGGUGGAUGUCGUGGGCAGAGUUUUGUCAGUCCAUGGGCUGCGUCAAUUACUGAAACGGAUAUUGAAGAACCAUUUCUGAGAGCUCUCAUAUCUCUCCUUUCGACUUUGUUUAUGGAAAAAAUAUGGGAAAGAAGCAAAGCUGGGACGGUUUUUGAAUUGCUUGUAAGUAAGCUUUGUAUUGGUGAAGCUGUAAAUAUGAACUGUUUGAGGAUUCUUCCUCGGCUUGUUACCAUUCUUGUUCAGCCACUAUUUGAAAACGAAUCUGUUGAAACUGGUAGAGAUGCUGAACAUGAUAUAGAAGAUACCAUUACUGGGUGGCUGAAAAGAACUCUAUCGUUUCCACCUUUGGUCACGUCAGAAACAGGACAAGAUGUGGAAGAGUGGUUUCAGUUGGUUAUAUCUUGUUAUCCUUUCAAUGCCAUCAGAGGCAUACAAGCACUGAAUCUGGGGAGAAUUGUUGGCCCUGUGGAGAAGACACUUCUACUUGAGUUGUUCCGCAAACAAAGAUGUGGUGUAGGCACAUCUACUGUUACUAAUCAUCCACCAGCUGUCCAGCUACUGCUAUCAAAGCUCAUAGCUGUUUCAGUUGGUUAUUGUUGGAAGGAAUUUGACGAGGAAGACUGGGAAUAUGUAUUUUCUCAGUUAAGGCGUUGGAUUCAAUCAGUGGUUGUUAUAAUGGAGGAAAUUACUGAGAAUGUGGAUGAUACUGUCAAUAAGAAUGUUACUUCAGAUAACAUGGAUUAUAACCUUGAAAAGAUUGAGCAAAUUGUUUUAUUUUCAGACCCUUUUCCUUUUGACAUUGCUAAGAAUGCCCUUCUGUCAUUUUCUAUUUGUUGUGGACCUUUUGGGAUUAAACAAUUAGCAGAUGCAGAAAACAUAAACCCUUUUGGAACAGAGAGAUGGGAACCCAUCAAAGACCGAAUACUUGAAGGUAUUCUACGAUUGUUCUUCUGCACAGGCAUUGCUGAGGCUAUUGCAACUUCCUUUUGUCAUGAGGCUGCAUCUAUCAUAUCUUCAUCUCGAUUUGAGCAUCUUUAUUUCUGGGAAUUAGUUGCCUCAAAUGUUGUUAACUCCUCAACGAAUGCUAGAGAUAGAGCAGUGAAGUCGGUAGAAUUUUGGGGAUUAAGCAAAGGGCCCAUUAGCUCUUUGUAUGCUAUUCUUUUUUCUUCCAAACCAGUUUCUUCAUUGCAGUUUGCUGCUUAUGUUAUUCUUUCAACUGAACCUAUUUCAAGUGGGGCUAUUGUUGAGGAGGAUACUCUCUUGGAUGGUAACAAUAAUGUUGAAGAGGAUUCACGCCCUGUUGAUUUGUCAACAGAAACAAGUGUCCAGUUAAGAGAAGAAAUAUGUUUCAUUAUUGAAAAGUUACCUUUUGAGGUCCUUGAAAUGGAUUUGAUGGCACAACAACGGGUAAAUGUCUUCCUUGCAUGGUCUUUGUUGCUUUCGUAUUUGGGGUCAUUGCCAUCAUCAUCACGUGCAAGGGAGAGACUUGUUCAGUAUAUACAAGAUUCUGUUAGUCCAGUUACAUUAGACUGCCUUUUCCAGCAUAUUCCUGUAGAACUUUGCAUGGCACAGAAUCUUAAGAAGAAAGAUUUAGAGCUUCCUGCAGGGGUUUCAGAGGCUGCAACUGCAGCAACCCAUGCCAUCACAACUGGUUCGGUGUUACAUUCUAUAGAAACUUUUUGGCCUGUUGAACCAGUGAAAUUGGCUUCACUUGCGGGAGCAUUAUUUGGCUUAAUGCUCCGUGUUCUUCCUGCUUAUGUCAGAGAAUGGUUCAAUAGUUUGCGUGACCGUUCUACAUCAUCUUUAAUUGAAUCUUUCACUAGGGCAUGGUGCAGCCCUUAUCUUAUUGCAAAUGAGUUGUCGCAGAUCAAGAAGAAUAAAUUCGCUGAUGAGAAUUUUUCAGUAAGUGUAAGCAAAUCGGCAAAUGAGGCUGUUGCCACCUAUACAAAGGAUGAAACAGGGAUGGAUCUUGUGAUUCGUCUUCCUGCAUCUUACCCAUUACGACCUGUAGACGUUGAUUGUACAAGGAACCUAGGGAUUAGUGAUGUGAAGCAGAGGAAAUGGUUGAUGUCUAUGAUGUCUUUUGUACGCAAUCAGAAUGGAGCUUUAGCAGAAGCUAUUGGAAUAUGGAAGCGCAAUUUUGACAAGGAGUUUGAAGGGGUUGAGGAGUGCCCUAUAUGUUAUAGUGUCAUCCAUACUGCAAACAACAGCCUUCCCCGCCUCGCUUGCAAGACCUGCAAGCACAAGUUCCAUUCUGCUUGCCUUUACAAGUGGUUCUCAACUUCUCAUAAAUCAACUUGCCCAUUGUGCCAGUCUCCCUUCUGAUUUGGAUUGAUCUAUCAGAUGUGGAUUUUCCCUUGCAAUCCCAGUUGCACCACUAUGCAAGGCGGGUCCAUGUCAUUGAAGUUUAAGAAUAAAGAGUAAACAUGCAGUGAAAAAGCUGCUUGAAUUAUUGUGUGGUGUUCGUUAACUUGGUUGAAGAGAAAAAAAGCACGGUGGUGAGAGAAAACCAGGAUGAGGUUUAUCCCGACUUUAGUAUCUCCAUGGACAAAAUACUCCGGUUUUUUUGCCUCCCCAUGGAAGAGGAAAAACUCGUUAUUGAUUUUCACGUGAGUUCUCACUACCAUUGUACUAAUACUCGUGAUAAACGUAGCAAAAUUUUGUUCUGCUCAUUGCUGUAUCGGUCACCGGAUCACAAUCCGUACUAAGAUGACUGGAAUCAUCAGUAUAGAAUUUGGAUCCUCAUCUUUUUUGUAAGUGCAUAGUUUUUUGGUUUGGAAAUUCUGCUGCAUAUGAAUCCUACUUUUCACUUUUGGCUCAUUUUCGAUUAACCAGCAAUCUCGAGCGGGCUAAAAGUUUUAGCAAUUUUGGAUAUGAAUUACCCCCUUUCAGUUGGAUUAAAACCAUAAAUAAGCACCGAGAGUUCUUUCUUCAUACUCGGCAACCUGUUUUCGUUGGAUGUUUCCCUCUUCAAUCAUCAGAAUUUGACACCGGCUAGUUUUACAUUUGACAAACAGUCUUCGUGACCACAGCGCUUCUUUGUUUCUCUUUUUUUUUUUUUUUUCUUUCCAUAUUUCAAUUUAUUGUGACAAUGAUUACAUGUAUAGACAACGACCGCAAUACAUGAAUUUUGGAUA